AUGUCUGCGGAUUACUGGUGUUCAUCUCAGCGAAACCAAUGGCAACUCACGAGGUUUUCAUUACUCGAAGCAAGACGAAAGGUUUUACUUCUUGAACGUAAAAUGAUUCAAAAUGGACUUAUAAAAGAUUAUCCUAAUAUAGUAUACGACUAUAAUAUGAGGAUAUAUUUGCACAACUUAUUGCUCAAGCUAGGUCGACGGCUCAAUGUAAGACAAGUUGCGGUAGCUACAGCUGAAAUUUAUCUAACACGAUUCCUCACAAGAAAUAGUUUGAAAGAAAUCAAUGUUUACUUGUUCAUUACAACUUGUUUAUAUGUUUCCUGCAAGAUUGAAGAGUGUCCCCAGCACAUUAGGUUUAUUUUACUGGAAGCAAGAAACAUAUGGCCCGAAUAUAUACCUCACGAUGUCACAAAACUAGCUGAGUUUGAAUUUUAUCUCAUUGAGGAAAUGGAUCUGUACUUGUUAUUACAUCACCCCUACAAGUCUUUGAUUCAACUACGCAACUAUCUCGAUUCAAAGUUUGACGUUUAUGGAUUUAAGCUAACUGAUGAAGAAAUGCAAAAUUCAUGGAGUUUGAUUAAUGAUAGCUAUGUUACUGAUUUGCAUUUAUUGGUUCCUCCUCAUAUUAUUGCUGUUGCAGCGAUAUAUAUCACUAUUGUGUUGAAAAAGAACUUGGCACAAACGAGAAAUAAAAAUACUCCCAAUGGCAAUGCAUCAAAGCCACCAGAAACGAGAAGUAGCGAGAUUGACGUUGCGUUGGGUAAUAGCAGAAGUGAAAGCGGCAACGUUAAUGGCAAUUUUUCCAGAGGAGAUGGUGCCUAUACUGGAGGGGAGAUGGGGUUGGAAAGCAAGGAGAUGAAUAUUGUAGAGUUGAUGAAUCUACCACAGACAAAACAAAGUAGUGAAUCAAAAAAUGCAUCACAACAAUUGCAACUGACACAGCAACAAUCACAAAAGACCAAGGAGUCGGAUUUGAUAAACUUUGAUCUUGAUAUUGUAGACGAAGAUACUAUAAAGAUACACAAGUUUAUGAAUUUUCUAGAACACUCUCAUAUCAACUUGGAUGAAGUUGUUGAGGCUGUUCAGGAUAUGAUCAAUGCGUAUGUUUUGUGGAAUAGAUACAAUGAACAAGGUGUGAAAAAGGCAUUGCAGUCGAUGUUGCUUAGGAGGCAGUGA